AGCAGCGAUGACUGCAUUUUGUUGAAAAUUUUCACGCAGCAGUCAAAAAGCAGCAUAAAUCUGCAAUUUAAUUCACUUUGCAAGUGUUAAAUUGCACUUUUCAUCCGAAAGAGCGUGAAAAAUAUGAGAUAAAACCGAAAUAUCUAGAGAAAAAAUUAAUUAUUAUUAGUGUUCAUCUAGUAAAAAAAAAGAGUAAAAACACAAAAUAACUCGACCCUUGCCUCUCAAGGGAUUUAAAAAAAAAAUAAAAAAAAACUCGUAAACGAAAAAUUUUUAGUGUAAAAAAAAUGCUGCGACAUCUUUCACUGUUACUUGUCGCAGUUGUGACUGUCAAUGCCGUAGGAUUAAUUCAUUCACCGCCACGGAUAACCAAGCAACCGCCAACCGACGAAAUUCUGUUCCAAGUCGCACAAACCGGCGAAAAUGACAAACCCUUCGUGAUCGAAUGCGAAGCGGAAGGAGAACCUGCACCAAAAUAUACUUGGAUCAAGAACGGCAAAAAAUUCGAAUGGCAGACGUAUGAUGAUCGUAUGUCGCAACAGCCAGGACGUGGUACUUUGGUUAUCACAGCGCCACGAGAUGAGGAUCUCGGUCAAUACCAAUGUUUUGCCAAGAAUGAACAUGGAACUGCCACAUCUAACUCCGUCUUUGUGCGUAAAGCCGAAUUGAAUUCCUUCAAAGAUGACAUGCCAAAGCCCGUCGAAGCCGAAGAAGGCAAACCCUUCCAGUUGCAAUGUCAACCUCCAGAUGGUUGGCCCAAGCCUCAGGUCCAUUGGUUGAUCCAAACUGUCGACGGAAACAUCAAAAGUAUCAACAACUCCCGCAUGACUCUCGAUCCCGAAGGCAACUUGUGGUUCUCGAACGUCACGCGUCAAGAUGCUUCCGACGAUUUCUACUACGCCUGUUCCGCCAACUCCAUUUUCCGUAACGAAUACAAGCUCGGCAAUCGCGUUGUGCUCGAAGUGAAGCAAUCUGGCAUCGCUGCCACGCAAAACAAGUACCAACCAACGCGUCAAUAUGUCUCGCGAAAGAACGAAAUCGCCCUACGUGGCAAGAAAAUCGAACUUUUCUGCAUUUACGGAGGAACGCCGUUACCGCAAACGCUGUGGAUGAAAAAUGGUCGUCCGAUUCCGUGGUCCGAACGCAUUCAGCAAGGCAAUUAUGGCAAAAGUAUCGUUAUUAAGCACAUGCAACUCGAUGACGCCGGAAGUUACACGUGUGAGGUUUCCAAUGGUGUCGGUCAAGCUGACUCUUAUUCGAUAAAUUUGGAAGUUAAAGCUAUUCCGUACUUUACGAUCGAGCCAGAGAUCCAAAAUGCCGCUGAAGGCGAGACUGUAGAGUUCCAAUGCGAAGCUAAAGGUAUCCCUCCGCCAGAAAUCAAGUGGAUUCACAAUGGAGUCGAUAUCGGCAAAGCUCCGCCAAACAGUCGGCGUCGCGUAUAUCAAAACAGAAUCAUCAUCGACAACUUGGCCAAGUCAGAUACCGGCAAUUACGGUUGUAACGCCACCAAUGCCUUGGGUUACGUCUACAAAGACGUUUAUUUGAACGUUCUUGCGUUGCCGCCAGAGAUCGUUGAACCCCCACACAACGAAGCUACCGUCGAUAAACGUACUGUCAUCAUGAAAUGUCGCGUUUUUGGUGCCCCCAAGCCCACUGUCAAAUGGAUCAAGGAUGGCAAACCCAUGUCUGGAGGUCGUUAUAGCGUACAACCAAACGGCGACUUGGAAAUUCGUGAUGUUCAAGCCUCAGAUGCUGGAGAGUUGACAUGUUACGCCGAAAAUAAGCUCGGAAGCAAGGAAGCUUCAGGUACCUUAACUGUCAUGGAACACACAAAAAUCACGGAUCCUCCGAAGGAUUACGAAGUAAAAGCUGGCGAUUCGGCGACUUUCAGAUGUAAUGCUGUAGCGGAUUCAAAACUUGACUUAGAUAUCAAAUGGUUGAAUAACAACGAAGAAAUUGAUUUUGAUGAGCAACCACGGUUCUUCAAAGCUAAUGACUAUUCUUUGACAAUUUCGAAGGCAACGGAGCUCGAUUCCGGUAAUUAUACCUGCGUGGCGGUUACGGAUUUGGAUGAAGCUCGUGCCUCGGCGACUUUAAUAGUGCAAGAUGUCCCAAAUCCCCCGAAUUUGAAGGAUAUUCAAUGUAACGCGCAUGAUGCCACGAUCGAUUGGGAGUCACAAGGCGACAAUCGUUCACCAAUUUUGUAUUUUACCAUCCAAUAUAACACUUCGUUCACGCCAGAUACGUGGGAAGUGGCUUUCGACAAAGUUCCAUCCACAGAUUUCAGUUACACGAUUUCCAUGAGCCCCUGGGCCAAUUAUACCUUCCGUGUUUUGGCCUGGAAUAAAGUUGGUCCCUCCAAACCUUCGGCGCACAGCGGUUUUUGCACGACACAACCCGAUGUCCCGUACAAAAAUCCCGACAAUGUCGAAGGAAAAGGCACGCAACCCAACAAUUUGGUCAUUAAAUGGUCCCCAAUGCCCGAAAUUGAACACAAUGCCGAAGGAUUCCAGUAUCGCGUGUAUUGGAGACGCGAUCUCGCUGGCGAAUGGAAUCAAGAAGACAUCUACGACUGGCAACGGAACGAACUCGUGAUCGACAACCAACAGACAUUCCAAAAGUAUCGCAUCAAGGUUGUUGCCAUCAACAAAAUGGGAGAAGCUAAUGUAGCGGCGAAGGAAGUUAUCGGCUAUUCGGGCGAAGAUAAGCCUUUGGAAGCCCCGAAAGACUUCAAAGUCCUCAAUGUAGUCGAUGCCAAACAAGCUCUUCUCAGUUGGGUACCUGUUUCAGAGGAAAGCGUUCGCGGUCACUUCAAAGGUUACAAAAUCCAAACCUGGACCGAGGGAGAAGGUCAAGACAAUUACCGUGAAAUAAUCAUCAAAAACGACGCUGAUAAAGCGCUCGUGACGAAAUUCACUCCGGAUGCCGUCAAUUUUGCACGAAUUUUGGCCUUCAAUGAACGUUAUAACGGACCUUUCAGUAACGAAGUGCAGUUCAAGACACCCGAAGGUGUGCCAAGUAGCAUUCAGUCGUUGGAAGUCUUCCCACUCGGAUCGUCAGCAUUCCAUUUGAAAUGGAAGAAACCCCUGCAACCCAAUGGAAAAUUGACUGGAUACAGAAUUUAUUAUCAAGAAGUCGAUGGCACGCAGUUGCAAGAGAAGAAGGAACGCAAACCAGCGAUCGAUGAUCCGAAAGUGUUGUCCACGAAACUUGCUGGCUUGAAGGAAAAUACCAAAUAUAGAGUGCAUGUCGUUGCUACCACGCAAGCCGGAGAAGGAGAAGAUUACUUUGUCGAACAAAACACCAACGCAGGAGGCGCUCUCAAACCCGAGAAACCCUAUUUCUCAUGGGAUCACGUACUUAACGAAGAUGGAACAGCCAAAGUCAAAGUCAAAUGGUUGCCCACCAACGUCGGCAAUGCUGGAUCUCACUUCUACGUCAAAUACAGAAAACAAGGCGAAAGCACCUGGAUCGACACAAAUCCUGAAAUCCAAGAAGACUUCCAAGAAAUCGCUGGUUUGGAACCAGAUACAUCGUACGAAAUGCGUUUGGUAGCCGUCGAUGGUGACAUGGAAGAAGCCAGCGAAUCACAAAUUGUCGAUACAAGUGAUGUUGGUGUACGACCCGUGCCAACAGACACAUUGUUAGCUGGCUGGUUGAUUGGAAUGUUACUCGCUAUUGCGUUCUUGUUGCUCCUGUUGAUCAUCGUGUGCAUCAUCAAGCGUAAUCGCGGCGGCAAAUACGACGUACAUGAUCGCGAAAUGGCAAAUGGUCGUCAAGAUUAUCCCGAGGACGGUGGUUUCCACGAAUAUUCUCAACCUGUUUUGCGUAAUUUCAGCUUGGAUAACAAGAGUGCCGGAAGACAAUCGCUCAACUCACAGAAGGGCGCCGCUGGAGUCGAAAGCGACACCGAUUCAAUGGCCGAGUACGGUGAAGGUGACACAGAGGGUAUGAAUGAAGACGGAUCCUUCAUUGGGCAAUAUGGACGUCGUGGUCGCCAACAAGAUUCGCAAGCCUUCGCAACCCUUGUGUAAAAUUUAAAAAAAUCGUUUUAUUGUAGAAAUUAAGCAAAUUUCGACGCAUUUAAAUAUUUUUCUGACAAACAAAAGUCACAACAAACGAAAAAAUCUUCAUUGGAACGUACUGUUUUAUAUAGUUAGAAUUAUUUUAAUUAAUUAAUUGAAUAAUUAAUGUACAUGUUAGUAUGUUAGAGCGUACUAUAAAUCACUAUCUUGAAUAAUUUUAGGAAGAAAAAUUGACAUAUAUUUUUUUAUAAGUUUAUUUUUUUGCACAAUCGCUUUUUUUUUGCUCUUAAUAAAAUCAAAAAAUUACCAAGUAAUGUAGAAAAUAAAUAAAAAUUGACAUAUGUGACCACGAUCGUUCCAAAAAAAUCUAAAAACAACAUUUUAAGGAGGCCAAUUCGCUGAAGAUGGUUCAUUUAUCGGACAAUAUGUUCCUGGAAAGGCUGUUAGUCCACAACAAUUACCUCAUAGUUCAUCACAAGGCGGUAAUCCAGGAGCGACAUAUGUUUAAAA